AUGUGUAACGAGAUCCCACGUGGAGCGCCCCCGGCGGUGCAGCCAAAAGAAAACAAUCAACGGGAUCUUAUACUAACUGUUCUGACCGCUGCCCACUGCAACGCUGCUGUCUUCAGCUUCGGCUCUCUGAGCAGCUCCCUCCGCGUGACCGUCGGCACCAACAACUGGAACCAGGGUGGAGUGGCCUACGCCCUGGCCCGCAACGUGACUCACGAGCACUACGUCAGCCAGAUCAUCAAGAACGACAUCGGAGUGCUGAUCACCUCCUCGCCUGUGGUGUUCACCAAUCUCGUCCAGCCCAUCACUGUGUCUUAUGAUUACGCCGGUGCUGGAAUCCAGUCCAGAGCCGCUGGUUGGGGCAGAAUCAGGGCUGGCGGUCCCAUCUCCGCUCAGCUCCUCGAGUUGACCGUGACCACCAUCUCUGGCGAUCAGUGCGUGCGCGACGUCGCCCAGGCCUCCGUCGACUUCAACGUCGCCGCCCCACCGGUGGAACCCCACGUCGAGCUCUGCAUCAUCCACUCGCCGAACCACGGCAUGUGCAACGGUGACUCCGGCAGCGCUCUAGUCCGCCUGGACCGCGGCACCCAGAUCGGAAUCGUGUCAUGGGGCUUCCCCUGCGCCCGCGGCGCUCCCGAUAUGUUCGUCCGAGUCAGCGCUUUCCAAGACUGGGUCGCCCGCCACUUCGUUGCUUGAAUAAAUGACUUGAUAUGAUCGUGCAAA